CUCAAUCCAACUUCCGAUCCAGCUUCUCUCUCUGUUUCUCUCCAUAACUAGAAUAAGAGGCAUCUGAGAGAUUGUUGGUUAGAUCCAUACCACAAUGGGAUUCCUGGUGACAACUCUAAUUUUUGUUGCAAUUGGUGUUAUUGCAUCUCUCUGCGCCAGAAUCUGCUGCAAUAGAGGGCCUUCUACUAAUCUGUUACACCUAACAUUGAUUAUCACGGCGACAGUGUGCUGUUGGAUGAUGUGGGCGAUUGUAUAUCUUGCACAGCUGAAACCACUCAUCGUUCCAGUUUUGAGUGAAGGGGAGUGAGUGCAUUGUACGUCAAAUUUUGUGUUGAUAGUUACUGGAGAUUGCUGGACCCUAAGUAUUCUUCUCUCAGGCUCUGUAAACUUUUCAUCUGCUGCGAAUAACUUGAUAAUUUAAUUUGUAUAUUGUUCACCUCUUAUAAAAUGGUUCUUUAUGAACCACCAUUAUAAUAUCCGCAGUCAAUUCUGGGCUGAAGGUGAGGACUGUAUGUAUUUUGGAUUGGACUCUGAGUUGGA